CAUCUCCUCCCUCAAAAUGAAUGACAUGGACUCCGAGGUGCUCCCUUUGCCACCUCGAUACCGUUUCCGGGACCUGCUACUGGGAGACCAAUCAUUCCAGAACGACGACAGGGUACAAGUAGAGUUCUAUGUCAAUGAGAACACCUUCAAAGAGAGACUCAAGUUGUUCUUCAUAAAAAACCAAAGAUCCAGUCUGAGGAUCAGGUUGUUCAACUUUUCUCUAAAGCUGCUCACCUGUCUCUUGUACAUUGUACGAGUCCUUCUCGAUGACCCAGUCCAGGGGAUUGGAUGCUGGGGCUGCCCCAAGCAGAACUAUACUGUAUUCAACCAGUCUUCACCAGAGAUCAAUUGGGCCCCAAUCUUGUGGGUAGAGAGAAACAUGACUCUCUGGGCACUUCAGGUCAUUAUAGCAUUAAUAGGUUUUCUUGAGACAAUGCUCCUCAUCUAUCUCAGCUACAAGGGAAACAUUUGGGAACAGAUCUUCCGGGUUUCUUUCAUCUUGGAAAUGAUCAACACAGUCCCAUUUAUCAUCACGAUUUUCUGGCCUCCCCUGCGGAAUUUGUUCAUCCCGGUUUUUCUGAACUGCUGGCUAGCCAAGUAUGCCUUGGAGAACAUGAUUAACGACUUCCACAGGGCCAUCCUACGGACUCAGUCUGCCAUGUUUAACCAAGUUCUGAUCCUCUUCUGUACACUCUUGUGCCUUCUUUUUACUGGGGGAAGGAGGACCUGUGGUAUUCAGCACCUAGAGAGAGCAGGAGACAACCUCUCUCUUCUCAAGUCUUUUUAUUUCUGCAUUGUCACCUUCUCCACUGUGGGCUAUGGAGAUGUAACCCCCAAAAUCUGGCCAUCUCAGCUCCUGGUGGUCAUCAUGAUCUGCGUGGCCCUAGUUGUCCUUCCGCUCCAGUUUGAGGAGCUUGUCUACCUCUGGAUGGAGCGACAAAAGUCAGGGGGUAAUUACAGCCGGCACCGAGCCCAGACGGAGAAACAUGUCGUCCUUUGUGUCAGCUCUCUCAAGAUUGACCUCCUCAUGGACUUCCUGAAUGAGUUCUAUGCUCACCCUCGGCUCCAGGACUAUUAUGUGGUGAUCCUUUGCCCAACGGAGAUGGACAUUCAGGUGCGCCGGGUUCUCCAGAUCCCUCUAUGGUCUCAGAGGGUAAUCUAUCUCCAGGGCUCAGCUCUAAAGGAUCAAGACCUCAUGAGAGCCAAGAUGGACAAUGGUGAGGCCUGCUUCAUCCUCAGCAGCAGGAAUGAGGUAGACCGAACAGCGGCGGACCACCAGACCAUCCUGAGAGCCUGGGCAGUGAAGGAUUUUGCUCCCAAUUGUCCCCUCUAUGUUCAGAUUUUGAAACCAGAGAAUAAGUUUCAUGUCAAAUUUGCUGACCACGUGGUGUGUGAAGAAGAGUGUAAAUAUGCCAUGUUGGCCUUAAAUUGCAUCUGCCCAGCCACCUCCACGCUCAUCACCCUGCUGGUCCACACAUCCCGGGGACAGGAAGGUCAGGAUUCACCGGAGCAAUGGCAGCGGAUGUAUGGCCGAUGCUCAGGGAAUGAAGUUUAUCAUAUCCGAAUGGGAGACAGCAAGUUCUUCAUGGAGUAUGAAGGCAAGAGCUUCACCUAUGCAGCCUUCCACGCCCACAAAAAAUAUGGUGUGUGCCUGAUCGGGCUGAAGCGGGAGGAGAAUAAAAGCAUCUUGCUGAACCCAGGCCCACGGCACAUCAUGGCUGCUUCUGACACCUGCUUCUAUAUCAACAUCACCAAGGAGGAGAACUCAGCCUUCAUCUUCAAACAGGAAGAAAAGCAGAAGAGGCAGGGCUUCUCAGGGCGAGGCCUCUAUGACGGACCCUCCCGGCUGCCAGUCCAUAGCAUCAUUGCUUCCAUGGGUACAGUGGCCAUGGAUUUGCAGAGCACUGAUUGCCGGCCCCCGAAUAGCAGCAAACUCACACUGCCCACAGAAAAUGGCUCUAGCAGCCGCAGACCUAGCAUCGCCCCAGUCCUGGAGCUAGCCGACAGCUCUUCUCUCCUCCCCUGUGACCUCCUCAGUGACCAGUCAGAGGAUGAGAUGACGCCAUCUGACGAUGAGGGCCUCACCGUGGUAGAGUAUGUAAAAGGCUACCCGCCCAACUCACCAUAUAUUGGAAGCUCUCCUACUCUGUGCCAUCUGCUCCCUGUGAAAGCCCCUUUCUGCUGCCUGAGAUUAGAUAAGGGCUGCAAGCACAACAGUUAUGAAGACGCUAAGGCCUAUGGCUUUAAGAACAAAUUGAUCAUAGUUUCUGCAGAGACUGCUGGGAAUGGGCUGUAUAACUUCAUUGUUCCACUCCGGGCGUAUUACAGAUCUAGGAAGGAGCUAAAUCCAAUAGUUUUGCUUCUGGACAACAAGCCAGAUCACCACUUCCUUGAAGCCAUCUGCUGUUUCCCUAUGGUCUACUAUAUGGAAGGCUCAGUUGACAACCUGGAUAGCCUACUACAGUGUGGUAUCAUAUACGCUGAUAAUCUGGUGGUCGUG